CAAGUAGUAGUGGUGGACAAUAUAAAAAUAGAAUGUGUGUGUGUGUGUGUGUGUGUACAUAUAUAUACACACACACACACUAAACAAAAUUAUAAAGACAACACUUUUUGCCCCCAUUCAUCAUGAGCUGAACUCAAAGAUCUAAGACUAAUAUCAUCAUUGUUAUUAAUAACAUUUCUUUGUUGUCAUCAUGUCAGUUUGGUGGUUCGGGGUUACCGGUACCCCCUGCAGGCUGCAGACAUGUGGCCUCUACGGAACCAGGACUCCUCGAUCUGGAUCAUGACAGACUUGGAGAAGUUCUGGUCUCAGAACUACAAAGAGCCACAGGAGGAGCUUUCUGGUUCUGGACCAUCCUUGUCUCAUUCCCGGUCCCUAUCCUGGUCCUGGUCUGGUGGUUCAGCUGUGCUGACAGAAAAAACAAGGCUGCUGAGUAAGAACAGGAAGGGGCAGGGCUAUGGCCUCUUGGUCCUGCGUGCUUUGUGGCAGAGUGUCGGGACGUACUUCCUGUGUGGGACGCUGUGUCUCCUUCUGCAUGAGACCUUCAUGUUUGCCGUCCCUCAGGUGCUCAGCUUGCUGCUGGCGUUCAUGCGAGACAAAGACACUGAGAUGUGGAAAGGUUUCAUGUUUGCCUCGCUGCUCUUCCUGCUGUCCUGUCUGCAGUCUCUCCUCCAUCAUCAGUACAUGUUCCACUGCUUCACUGUAGGGAUGAGACUGAAGACGGCCGUCAUGGGACUCGUCUACAGGAAGAGUCUGCUGAUCAGCAGUGCAGCUCGGCGGCGCUGUACUUUGGGAGAGAUCAUUAACCUGGUUUCGGCCGACACUCAGAAGCUGAUGGACUUUGUGGUUUAUUUCAACUGUCUCUGGAUCGCUCCCAUCGAGAUUGCACUCUGCUUCUACUUCCUGUGGCAGGUAGAAAAAAAGAAACAUGAUGUUCAUCUAAUGUUGUGAUCACAGAUGGAGUAUUCAUAGUUUUCACGUGAUG